AAGGGGCUAGGGUUCCUGUGUGUGUUCAUGGCGGAUGGCAUCAUCUGCCGUGCUGGGCUUGGCGGGAUUCUUUUCUUUCUCCGCGAUUUUUAUGGCGCUAUGGCACAUCGUGAUGCAUUUGUUCAACUACACGGAGCCUACAUUCCAGCGCUACACUGUGCGAAUCGUCUUCAUGGUCCCAAUCUUCGCGUUGAUGUCCUUUCUAUGCAUUUUAUAUCAAGAGUACGCUGUCUACUUCGAUUCUGUGUGUCAAAUAUACGAGGCCUUUGUCAUCUAUAAUUUUCUUUCUUUGUGCCUUGCUUGGGUUGGCGGGCCUGGCUCUGUCGUCCAGAGCUUGCAGGGACGAAUGCUCAAGCCGUCUUGGCAUCUCAUGACUUGCUGCAUGGAUCCCAUCCCCCUUGACGGGGUGUUUAUCCGGAGGUGCAAGCAAGGUGGUAUCCAGUUUGUGAUCAUCAAGCCGCUGCUGGUCGCCGCCACCUUCAUCCUUUAUUCGCUCGAUCUCUACGACGAUGGAAACUUCAGCGUCACGUCGGGCUAUCUCUACAUCACGCUCAUCUACACCGUUUCCUACUCGGUUGCGCUGUACGUGCUCGUUUUGUUCUACGUUGCCUGUGCUGAUCUCUUGAGGCCUUACAAAGCUCUGCCAAAGUUUAUCAUCAUCAAAUCGGUGGUCUUUCUCACGUACUGGCAGGGAGUGGGAGUUUAUAUUGUCGCGAAGAUGGGAUAUAUAAAAACUGCAGACGAGGCCGAGAUCGUCCAGAACUUCUUGGUGUGCUUUGAGAUGCUGAUAGCGGCAAUGGGGCACGUCUACGCGUUUCCAUACAAGCAGUACGCCGAAGCCAACGUCGGAGGCUCCGGGAACUUAAGUUUUUGGGCCAGUCUCAGCCAUGCUCUCAGCUUGAACGACGUUGUCCACGACACACUCCAUCAGUUUGCUCCAACUUAUCACGACUACGUGCUCUACAGCGAUGGAAGCCAAGAGGCUCCAAUGAGAUACCGAGCACGGACGUUCGUUCCCACAGGCCAAGAGAUGGACACGCUUCGCAGGCACAGCAAGAUGUUUGGAGCUGGAACAAUCGAUCCAGCCUCGGCCUCCACUCUUGGCCUUGGCGGCGCCUCUUUCGGCAGCGCCGCCUUCUCUCGCGCGUCCUUCAUUAGUCAAGGUGGCUCUUUGAGUGGCGAGGCCGGAAGGAGGAAGACUCAAGCUCGUCCCUCUCCACAGUCGUCACUCUCGGGCUUUGGAAACUUUCCCAACGAUCCACAGCAGCCGCAGCAGCAGCCUCAUUCCUUCGAGGCAGCUUUGUUCAAGGCCGCGCUACCGCCGCUUCCCAACAGGCAGCCAUCCAUGGGCUCCAUUCUCCACAUUAGAAGCCCCGUGGAGAGCAGGAACUCCAGCUUAAUCGAUAGCAGGCGUAGCGGUAGGCGAAGUAGCGCUGGCGACGAUGCGAUGGAGACAUCGCUCCUCGCUCCUGGGAGGAGAAAAUCGUCUCAUGGAGCUCUCCUGGACGAGAUCGACAUCCAUGGCGAGGAGGAUCAAUACGAUGAAGGCUACAUCCAGAGGUAGACGAAGGCUCCCCGAUCGGACGGUCCAGAGCUCGAGCAUCGGACGGUCGAGAUUUUGUGUUCGGACAUACUUUUUCUUUUUCGAAUUUGGAUCCAUGUUAUGUGCUU